AUGGGAGCAGCUCCAGAUCAAUUCGAAGGAUUCAUGAUCCAUGAUGCCAAGAAGUGGACCGAAUUCAAGAAGGAAAAGGCAAGGCUCAAUCAAUACGACGUCGAUAUCGAGAACGAAUGUUGCGGUGUCUGCGGUUCCGACGUACACACAAUCACGGGAGGCUGGGGUGACUUGGCAACUACACCACUCUGCGUUGGACACGAGAUAAUCGGCAAGGUUCUGCGAGUAGGAUCGAAGGUGAAAUCUUUCAAGCCAGGUCAACGUGUUGGUGUUGGAGCUCAGGUUCAAUCAUGUAUGCGAUGCAGGAUGUGCAAGAGCAACAACGAAAACUACUGCCCUCAUAUGGUCGACACCUAUAUGGCACCAUACAACGAGAAGGGAGGCAACGCCGAUCUCUCCAUGGACGACAGCCAGAAGCCGAUGAAGGAUAGCAAGGGCAACCAGAUCUUCUCUCAAGGCGGCUACUCUUCUCACUCGCGUGUCCACGAACAAUUCGUCUUCCCCAUUCCAGACAACUUGCCUUCAGAGAUCGUUGCACCCAUGAUGUGCGCCGGCCUCACUGUCUACUCUCCCCUGGUCCGUGCAGGUACUGGACCAGGAAAGAAAGUGGCUAUUGUUGGAAUUGGUGGUCUGGGACACUUUGCGCUCAUCUGGGCAAAGGCCUUGGGAGCAGAGGUCACAGCUAUUUCCCACAGCCCAAACAAGAAGGAGGAUGCGCUAGCACUCGGUGCUGAUCACUUCGUCUCAUCUGGCGACAAGAACUGGGCUGAACCUCAUGCUUUUGAGUAUGAUUUCGUUCUCAACGCCGCCGACAUGACCAACGAAUUCGACAUUGCUCAAUACCUAAGCAUCAUCAACAUCAACGGAGAAUUCCACAACGUUGGCCUUCCAGAUCAGCCCCUUCCUCAAUUCAAGGCUCAAGUCUUCGCUUCCAACGGCAGCAAGAUGGGUGGAUCUCACAUUGGUAGCAAGAAGGAGGCACUCGAGAUGUUGCAACUGGCGAGCAAAAUCUAUGAGAAGGGUGUUAAGCCAAAGAUCGAAACAAUUGAUAUCUCGGAGAAGGGUUGUUCUGAUGCUGUUCAGAAGGUCAAGACCAACAAGGUCCGUUACCGUGUUACCUUAACUGGUUUCCACAAGGCUUUCGGUACCGGCAAGAACUGA